GCUAACUUCUACAGCAAACUCUUCAUUAGUUGUGAAGUAGGUUGUUAUUUCAUUACUGGCUAAAUUAAAUUCAAAAAAUGUUGGCUGAAAUUUAAGGAUCAGUAUAGAAAAUUAAGAUUCUCAGUAAGGUAACAUAGUGGAACCUAUCUGAGAAAAUUUCCCUGCAUCUACAGUGUGAUCAGAAGGAACAUCUGGAAAACUUCCUACUAGCCUGAUCAUUCUACAAUGAGUCAGGAUCAAAGAGAAUCAUACAAACAACCUUCAACAGUAGUGUAUACAUACAUCUCUUUUCUAAGAAAGGGAGUACCUAAAUGUUGUGUUGGGACAACAUUGUAAAGUGCAAAUCUUUAAAGAUAAAGCCAAAACCAAGCAAAGACUCACAAAACGUUGUGACCUAUGUGUUAAUCAUUGUUGUAUUGCUCAAGUUUCUCCUCUUCUAUUAACUGUAGGAUCUGACCUCACCUGAGAGUUGAUGCUUUUGCCCACAAAUGCAGGCAUUUAUGAACUUGAGCAAUGAAUAGUAUGGCAGAGAGGUCUAGUGAAAGUACUUCAAGGCAUUAAGUUUCUGACAAAAUGCCUGUCAUGUAUGUUCUCCAUGAAGAGUAAUCCAUUUUCAGAUUAAUCUGAAUUCACAUCUGGAACGUGUGGGGAAAGAAUGAAAGGACUGACAAGCACUUUCUGCAUGUCCCUGGUUAGUUUUGCGAAGAAGGGGAGCAAGGCCAUGCCAGCCAGCCAGCAGGAAAAUGUAGAACGCUAUCUUUAUUGAGCACACUACUUUGCUGAAAAAAGGCAAAUCACAAGUAUGACAUCCCUGGCUGCUGCCAGGGGCAACCACCUUAUAAGCAUUGCCUUUUAAGACUCUAUGUGGGAAAACACCUGAAAAAUAUAGAAAAGGAGCAAAAGUAGAUUUAAUUCCUAGUAGACUUUACCUGAGUGAAUAAUGUCAGAGGAAAUUAGUUACUGCAACAGACCAGCACAACAAACAGACUCUCAUAUUCUCCAGGGAAUGGCUCCUUCUGGACUUACAGAUGGGCAUAACCCACAGCCAGCCCCAGGGUCACCUAGACCCACACACAUCACAGCAAGUUUCAACUUAGGCCUGACUGCGGUGGGAUAUGUCCUUCUUCUGCAUCUCCUUGUGUGGAUGCUGCUCUCGGAUUCAUUCCAUCAUGGCUUUUGUUUACUCCGUAAUAGUUAUGCAGGUCCUUUUUCUUGCACAGCAAAGGUCUGAGGCCGUGGGCAUACGGUUCAGAAACCAAGGCUCAGCACGUCUCUGUGUUGCAGCCAGCUCAAGGUAACUGCUGUGCAUAUGCUUCUAGUUCGGGGUGAGGGAGCGGUAGCCUGAAUUAGCGUGCUCUGAAAUGAGACAGGCUUGUUGGCGAGUGUGCCCUGACCAUUCUCAACUGAGCUGAUAGUCUCUCCUUCUUAACCCCCAUGACACAUGCAAAUUCUACAUGAAGAAGUGUGUAGCCAAAUUGUCUUCAUUCCUCUGGUGACAAAGGUCAUAGGACUGGCUGAUAUAUGUAAGGAUCUCUAGUUGAAGGCUGUUUUUUCAGUGUCAAAAUUCCAGCCCCACUGAACAAAGCUGCUUUGGAACAAGUGCAGGAAAAGGCCGUGCUUUGGUGUAUGCACUCUGAUGCAUUGCACGGAGUUCAGGUUCUUGAUGCUGUUUUGCCGUGAUUUCUUAUUUGCUUAUUCCAAGCUUUCAGUUAUUUCUGAAAUAGUAGGGUGGUAGUUAACCACUGAACUGAUGAUAUUGCUUUAGUCUGCACUGCUUCUUGAGCCUUGUACUUGAGGACAAAGGAUCCAAAGAAACAGUCAGCCCAGAACCUAGCACCCGCUGAAGCCAAAAACCUUAGCCAAUGUGUUUUGUAACUGAUGGGUUUCUCAGAAGCAAUAAGAUUAAGUGGAUCACCUGGUGUGCUCUGUGCUUGGUGGAAAGCAGCUUAUUUAAAUUAAGAGGACGAGAGGAUCUGUGCCUCAGUAGAGGAAGAUGGGCUCCACACAAGACCUUGACUCUCCUCAAAUCAUAUUCCAAUACACCAAUGGAUUUUUAGUCUCAAAGGUUUUGUUUACUGCCUGUGAGUUGGGAGUGUUUGAUCUACUGCUGGAGUCAGGAGAGCCCCUGUCUUCAGAUGCCAUUGCUGCACGCUUGGGUACCAGCCCCAGCGGGACAGAAAGGCUUCUGGAUGCCUGUGUGGGAUUGAAGCUGUUGGAGGUAGAGGUGACAAGAAGAGGAGCCUACUACAGAAACACAGAAAUUUCCAACCUCUACCUUACAAAAUCAAGUCCCAAGUCUCAGUAUCAUAUUAUGAUGUAUUACUCCAAUACAGUCUAUCUGUGCUGGCACUACCUGACUGAUGCUGUGAGAGAAGGAAGAAACCAAUAUGAAAGAGCUUUUGGCAAUUCAUCUAAAGACCCUUUUGGUGCAAUGUACAGAUCAGAAGAAGAAAUGCUGAAAUUCAUGGCUGGCCAGAACUCGAUAUGGAGUAUAUGUGGUAGAGAUGUUCUUGCUGCAUUUGACCUUUCCCCUUUCAGGCAUAUUUAUGAUCUGGGAGGAGGUGGAGGAGCUUUGGCCCAGGCAUGUGUUUCUGUGUACCCAAACUCCACGGUCACAAUUUACGACCUGCCGAAAGUCGUGCAAGUGGCCAAAGAGUGGUUUGUUCCUUCUGAGGAGCAUCAGAUCACUUUCCACAAAGGAGAUUUUUUUAAAGAUUCAAUUCCAGAAGCUGAUCUCUAUAUUUUAUCCAAGAUACUGCAUGAUUGGGAUGAUGACAAAUGCAAGCAGCUGCUGGCAAAAGUCCACAAGGCUUGCAAACCUGGUGGUGGAGUGCUGCUGGUUGAAUCACUUCUGAAUGAAGAUAAAAGUGGACCUUUAGAAACCCAACUGUAUUCAUUGAAUAUGUUGGUACAGACUGAAGGAAAAGAGCGAACACCAGCAGAGUACAGAAAUCUCCUGCAGGCAGCUGGCUUCACAGAAAUUCAAGUCAAGAGAACUGGAAAGCUCUAUGAUGCUAUUUUAGGAAGGAAAUAAUUGUUUCUUCUUUCUUCUUCUUGUUAAGUACAUAAGUGGGGAAAUGUGAUAUGCUUUUCUUAGGCAGCAGUCAUGAACUUAAAUCUAGCUAAGGCAUUGAACUCCCUUGUAAGCUGAUACACUGUUAUGAGACUCUUUACUGGUACAGGUUGAGCGCGCGCAGAUUGCGAGUCUGGCAUCUUGACGAUGGCUUGCCUCUGGCUCUGAAUAGGGAAAAGAGAAAUCAACAGCAGUUCCACAGAGAAUAACCCAUGAAAGAAAUUUGCCAAUGAAAGUUUAUACUUCCUGCUCUGUGUGGUUUUUGUGCUUUAGUUUUUUUCAUUCUUUCUAAGUUUAACAUUGUACCUGACAACUGCAAAGUUUAAUUUGUACUCUGCUUCUUGCAAAAUAAAGCAGAGCUCUGUAGUGUAGCAUGAAUGCUACUCGCAUUCAUGUUCCCUGGGGACCGAUGUAGCAUAAGUAGACUAAGUUAUAACUCCCUGUAGUUUGUCACUUUUGAGUUUCAGAAGAAAGACUAUCUGACCCCAGAUGAGUUUGGCAUGAAAAACAAUUUUUUUUCUAGGCUUUAAGUUUUGAAAAAGAGAAGUUUAUAGCCUAGCUUGAUGAGUGAUCAGAGCAAGCAAUGCUCUUUACAGGCCUUGAGAUAGCAAUUGAGAGGGAGAAUGAUGCAGCCAAGGAAUUCAGUUACAUACUUGCUACCUUGCUACUUGCCUCUGACUAUCUUUUUAAAUCGUUUGGUGAAGUACAAUCUGCAAUAACCUGCCCAGUUUCUGGAAGUAGAAAAACAGAUUACUGAAGUAAGAAGCAUUUGAAGGAGGCACCAAAAAGUCACACUCUAGAGAUGCGACUUGAAGGCUAGUUGCCGUUGCACAUUGACUUAAGGUACUAGAGGAAGUUGAGAGAGUCUCCUCAGCAGCCAUCUAAGGGAAGUCUCUCUCUUCCUUGACUGUAGAAGAAACUGUAGAGGAAUCAGCCUCCCUCAGUGCGGAAAAGCUGGCCUUUUGUCGUAUUCUGUGAUAGGUACAAAAUCAAAUUGCAAGGCCUCAGUGGUCCUUUCCUCCUCAAAAGCAAUAGGGCACAGUCCACGAGCCACUGCGCAGCUAGCUCAUUUCUGCCCAAGUAGGAUCUCAUGGUAGAUAUCUACAGGGUAUUGCAGAAGUUGGGGUAGUGGGUUUCAGCUAGUUUCCUCGUAUACUGCAGUCCCUGUGCAGCGUUGCCUACCUGCGGGUUAUGCGGCAUGAAGGUGACUUUGCCAGGAGCUGCAGCCUGUGAGUAAUUUGUUCUGAACGCUCACUUGCUCUCUAGACAAAGCAAGGUGUUACAUCCUGCAGCAACCAGGCACAAGCACAAAAUAAAGAAAUGAGGUUGACCAAACAGCUGGCAGCAAUGUGUGGGGCUGACUCAGUUCUGUGUUGAUUCCCCACCCUCCUGCCCUUAAUAAACCAGUCCAGAGAACUGAUUUUGCUUAUUCAACUGCACCAGCAAUAUUAGUUUCAUGCUAAAGAGUAGCUAAACAUGAACUCUAUGCAUUUUUCACUGAGGAAAUGUUAAUUUACCCUUGGAUGAGGAGCACAGCAAAAGCA